CAUCAAUCCGUCCUCACGAGCAGCUCGCACCACCUUUGUCACCGUCGCCCGUUCACCGCCUGAGUUCUGCAAGCGCCGCCGUCAGCUAUCCAUGGCCGCCGAACGGACGUACGUCGAUUUCGUGCCGUCGCACGACCUCCUCGAGGACAACCACAAGCAUACCCUCGUCGUCAACCUCACAGGGUUCAAGAAGGAGCACCUGAGGUUGCAGAUCGACAAGUCCGGCCGGCUGAGGGUCAGCGGCGAGCGGCCGCUCGAGGGCGGCCAGUGGAGACGCUUCCGCAAGGAGUUCCAGGUCCCCGAGGGCUGCGACGCCGGCGGCAUCCGCGCCAGGUUCGACAAGGACGGCGUCCUCCACGUCACCAUGCCCAGGCUCACGCCCCUCGACCUCGAGGACGACCCAAAGGCAGCGGCGGACGCAGAAGCAGCGCAGCACGCCGCCGCCGCUGCAGAAGAGAAGAAGCGGCAUGAGGCGGUGGAGGAGGACGCGAGGAAGCGUCAUGCCGGUCGCGAGGACGGCCACGCCAGAGACCAAGGCGAAGGCGCACGCCAGGCGGCGUCUGCCGGGCGGCAGGCGUACGGCUUCGCUAGGGACCGGAGCAGGAGCGGGAUGGUGAGGGCACUGCUCCUAGCCGUGGCCGUGGCCUUGGUUGGCGUUGCCGGCCUGUAUGCCAGAUACAGGUGGAUGGACCAGUCGGCUGAGACGGCGCCGGCAGGUGGUGCCAUCGUCGGCCUCUCUGACUAUUGAUCACACACACCGCCCACAUAAGAUCAUUCGAGAAAAACAGUUACGAAGAUACGGGACUACAACAGCCGUCUGAAAGACUGAAAUACGUGUGAAUAUAUAGGAUCUCACUACUGUAAGUUACACAAUCAAGGGUGUUUGUACAUAUAGUGCUCUAUUGUCAAAACAAGAGACCUGUUUGUGAACUGCAUACAACAAUUCGUCAUUCUUUGAAGCAAGGUCCAAAAUAUACAACUUAUUGUGGGCAUAAAAGGUGUUAUUAGAUGGAA